GAGAGAGUUUACCUAAAAAUUUAUCGGUAGAAUCACAGUUGGCAAUCCGGUUACUAAGGGACAGAUCAAAGGGCAUUGUAGGAAAUUAGAGAAUUCUACAGUUCUGAGUCACUGAAUCAAGAGAAGCUUCUUUGUGUUCCCUCUUUGGUCUAACUGGGUUUUGGUAUUAGAGACUCCUCUUUUUGACUUUAAUGGGAACUAUCUAUUUUCUUUGAAAUUGCACGACUUUUUGACCUUAUAAUAUUCUAUAUAUAUGAAAAUAGAAGGAUUCUUUAUUGUAAUCAAGAAUCCCAUAUAGAAAUUCCUUCUGAUCAAUCACUCCUUCCUAUCUUGUUCUUUCUGGGUUGUUGUUCUUUCUCAAGCUCUAAUUUCUAAGAAGGUAUAAUGCGUGCACCGUCAUUGCUUGCACAAUGUUUACCUGGCUUGGUCCCUCAUGAUCGAGCAAGUGUCAGCAUCUCCAGUGUUUCAGAUAGAGAUGUACAUCUCCCUUCUCCUGCGGUUGAGAUUCUGCCUUCAAAGAUGGCUCACCCGUAUAAAUAUGCUGGGGAGAAUGUUGAUUUGCAAGGGCUAAAUGUGUUCAAGGGAAGAGUUAGCGUUGCUGAUAUUAUUGGGUUCACUGGUUCUGAAAUGAUAUCCUCAAAACCUGAUGGGUCGUUGAAAUCUUGGGACAGUUCCAUUGAUCUUGUAAAUGUCCUUAAGCAUGAGAUCCGUGAUGGACAAUUGAGCUUUAGAGGCAAGAGGGUUCUCGAGCUUGGUUGUAGCUAUGGACUUCCUGGGAUUUUCGCAUGCCUGAAGGGUGCUUGUACAGUUCACUUUCAAGACAUGAGCGCAGAGAUGAUAAGGUGCACGACUAUACCAAAUGUCCUUGCUAAUCUUGAGCAGGCUCGGGACAGGCAGAGCCGACAGCCAGAGAGCCCUCUUACUCCAUCAAGACAUACUCUGUCCCCAUCAGUGCACUUCUAUGCGGGGGACUGGGAAGAACUUCCAACAGUCUUGUCGAUUGUGAGAAAUGAUGCCUUAGAAGCAACACCGGGGAUGAGCCUUAGUUUCUCUGAGGAGGAUUUCAUGGAUGGAUGCAGUAGCCAGGAUGGUAGCAUCGUAGGGCAGGAAACUUCCUCAAGGCGAUCAAGAAAGCUAUCAGGGAGUCGGGCAUGGGAGAGGGCUAAUGAAACUGAUCAUGGAGAAGGUGGGUAUGAUGUUAUUUUGAUGACAGAUAUCCCAUAUUCGGUGACCUCUUUGAAGAAGCUAUAUGCGCUCAUUAAAAAGUGCUUGAGACCUCCAUAUGGUGUAUUAUACUUGGCAACAAAGAGAAAUUAUGUUGGUUUCAAUAAUGGAGCUCGGCACCUGAAAAGUCUGGUAGAUGAAGAGGGUAUUUUUGGAGCUCAUUUAGUUAAGGAAAUGGCUGAGAGAGAUAUUUGGAAGUUCUUUCUCAAGUAAACAAGUUCAGAAAUGCUCAAAAAUCCCUGCUAGUCCUAACUGAUACAGACUUUCAGAUUCUAUCUGCUCUUAAAUACUACUUUUUUGUAUAUUACAGAUCACAAAUAUCCUCAAUUUUUUCCUUCUUUCUUUCUUUUUUCUUUUACAUAAUAAUGAAAUCAGAAUUUAAGGAUUCAGCUAGUGUGCAUCUAAUUUUGCUGUGAUGCUUGUAAUAUUUUUUUUAAUUAUAAAUUCUUUGUCAGAUUCUUUACAGUUUAGCUUGUAAAUCACAAUGUUCAGUAAAUCCAAGGUCUAAAUUCCUGUUGUUUGUGA